CCACCUCAUUUCUUUCCAAUAACCUCCUCCCUUCCGGGUUUCUUUUUCCCAACAAAGCCCCUUUUCUUCUUCUUUGCAUGCACAGCUUUACCAUCUACACCCAUACUGGUUAAUUUAUAUCUCUUUCUUUGCCAAAUUACCUACCAUCAUUUCCCACUUUCUAGGUUCGUUGUUUCUCUUCAUUUUCCCUGCUCCCACAUUUGGGUUUUUCUUUCCUAGUGCAAUUUGGAUCUUAACUUCUUCUAUGUUUGCUUUUGGCUCUUCAUUUGUGUACGCUUGUGAUUCUCACAAAGCUUCAAUUUUCUCUUGACAUAAUCUAGUAUUGCUCCUUUUUUUUUUUUGUUUAAGCUUUUGAACCCCAAAGCUUGACAAAACAAUUACCUUUGAGAGCGUAUAGUUUACCACAUAUUUGGGCAGAUUUGUUUUUAAUGGAAAAAACGAUGGAUUGUGGUCAAAACACUCUUUUGAAUGAGCUAACACAGGGGAAAGAGCUAACUAAUCUGCUUAGGAUGCAUCUCCAUUCUUCUUCAUCUCCCGAAACACGCCAAGCCUUACUUGAGAAAAUACUCUGUUCCUAUGAGAAAGCUCUUUCAAUGCUGAAUUGGAAUGGUUUUGUGGUUGAAACUAAGCCAACAGGUAGCACGUUGGAAUCCCCUGGUUCCAUUGCCAAUAGCAGCCCAGGAAGCGAGGGCUCUGAUAAAAAAGAUGUGUUUAAAAAGAGAAAAACAUCGUCCGGAUGGACGGAACAAGUUAGGGUUUGCUCUGGGACUUCAUUAGAGGGGCCUCUGGAUGAUGGAUAUUGCUGGCGAAAGUACGGGCAGAAAGAUAUUCUUGGAUCCAAUUGUCCAAGGGGAUAUUAUCGAUGCACUCAUCGUCACUCACAAGGCUGUUUAGCCACAAAGCAGGUUCAAAGAUCAGACGAGGACCCUACAAUCUUUGAGGUGAAAUAUAGAGGACGACAUACCUGUAAACAAGCCUCUCACUUUGCUGCCACGUCUGUACCAGUGACGAGAGAGUCCAAACUGAAAGGCAAUCAUUCUCGACAAAAGCAGCAGCAACUUGAAGAGAAACAAAAACAAUCACAAGAGGUGUUUUUCAGUUUUGAGGCAGGGCUUAAGGUUAAAACAGAGGACUUGGACAAUAAGGAGGACAUUUUUCCUUCAUUUCAUUUCCCUGUUGAAUCAGAAGUGGAAAAUAGCAUGGUUAUUAAGACCCUAAUGGAAAAUGAUAUCAUGGGAAACCUUUCCCCGGCAUUUAUUUCUCCAGCGACAUCUGAAUCCAACUAUUUUUCAGUGUCACCGUGCCACAUGGGCAGCUUUGGUUUAGGCCAAAAUGUGCAGACUUCUGACUCUGAUCUUACAGAUAUAAUCUCUGCACCAACUUCAGUUACUAAUUCACCAAUUGGAGACCUGGAUAUCUCAUCACUUGAUAAGUUGGAAUUUGAUCCGAGCUUCCUAUUUGAUAAUCCUGAAUUCUUCUCUUAAUUAGGAGCAGAAGGAGAAAAGAGAUAUGUAGUGCACUAAUUUGUCAAGCUCAGCCAGCAUUAGAGAAGAGAUUGAGGAGUGUUCGUAUUGGCUGUGACCAGACGGCAAUGUAUCAGCCUCUGAUCGGAGCUAGCCAGGAGAACUAUAGGUUGAUUAGGCAGUUCAAUUCUCAGAAAUAAUUUGUUUUUCCCUUCAUUUGCCUUUGAUUAUUCACUUACCUUUCUUAAUUCAGGAGGCUUGAGAGUUGAAAGUGUUUCUUGUAACGAAAUCACAAAAAAAAAAAAAGAGUUGUAACCUUCCAUCCAUGUAAAAUUUUCUAAAUCUUCAAUUUAUAUGUGAUAGUGAUGUUUUGUUGAUAAAUAUGUGAACUAGCCUUACUAAUGAAUGGUUUAGUGAUACGUCUU